AUGCCUGUGCCAGAGAUGCAAGAUAUCGAAGACUCAAACCAGGCGGAUGUGUCGGCUUCCAAGGCGAAACUCCUCCAGGAGCUGACAGACCUGGAAGCCACUGAGGCGGCCCUUGCAGAGGCGCGCGAACGCAAUGCCACGAUCAGGCAGCAGCUUUCCGCCGAGCUGCGUGCUGGGGCCGAACUUCAGAGCCGCCUCGAGAAGGUGCGGGCCGGAGUCCAAGCAACCAGGCAGCAACUCGAGAAGGAAUUGCGAUUGGCUGCGGCCGCAACGGCUCAGAUGCAGAGAGCCAAGGCUUGCCAGCAGUCCAUGGAAGAGGAGAAGAGUUCGGAGAUGCGCGCCUGCAGCCCACAGCAGCUGAAGCUUGGAGAGGGUGAAGAGCAGAGAAGGUUGGCAGUGGACGCUGACGCAAAAGGAGCCACGCCUGCCGAGGAACCUACGCUGCCAGCCGAAAGCCCCCUUCGCGCCUGCCUCGAAGAGGGCCGGCUGCUGCUUGCGGGCAGGGACCUGGAGGCCGCGGGCGGAAAUCCACCUUUGACCCUGGAUGACGCUCGGAGAGCCGGCAGGAUCGUGCAGCAACUGGAAGAACUCGGCCAUCAGGAUGACGAGCUCCACCGGAGUCUACUUCAGCUCAGCCUACGCGGCUUUGAGCGCCAUCUCCCGGCUGAUGCUCCUGAGCUGUUGGCUGCAGUGCACGCGCUGGCUGUGACGCUGGAGAACCUGGGUGACAAGGCUGCAUCGGUGAAGCUUUACCGGCGGGCGUUGGAUGGCCGUCGACGAUGCCUUGGUUUGGAUCACCCUCACACGUUGGACUCAGGCUUCAACUUGGCCGUCUGCAUGCGCGCGCUGGGUGCUGUGAGGGAGGCCGAGCCCCUUCUGCGGGAGACGCUGCAGGGCUGCCAGAAGGCCUUUGGCCACAGCCACCCGGGAGCCUUAGACUGUGCCGAACAGCUGGCCGAGUUACUCGAGGCACGAGCUGACCUUGGAGCUGCUUUCAGGCUUCGGCGGCAGCUUCUGGAGUGGACUCGCGAGGCUUUCGGUGACGAGGACCCUGCAUCCUUGGCAGCCUUUGCGAAGCUGGCCGACGUCCUGGCGGCUGCUGCGGUCUGUGGCGCUGCAGCACCUGGCGCAGCUGCAGAAGCACUGCGGGUCUCAGCUCGCAGGCAUCGGAAAGCGCUGGGUGAUGGGGACCUGGCGACCCUGCAUGCUCUCAACACGCUCGCGGCCUUCCUGGCCGGCCGCGGUGGUGAUGCAGCCGCUGCCGAGGCCGAGCUCCGGGGGGCCUGCGAGCGCUGCACCGACCACUUCGGCCACGCUGCCCCGUCCACUCUCAAGGCCAUGGAGUAUCUGGCCGUUCACUUGGAGGCGCGAGGGCGCCUGGUGGAAGCUGAGAGUCUCUUCCGGCGUGUCCUCACUUCCCGCGUUCAGUCUCUGGGCCCUUCUCACGAGCAAGCGCUCCUGGCCAAGCACAACCUGGCAGUGUUCCUGGCAUCAGUGCCUCGCCGCACAAACGAAGCCGAGGAAGAGCUGAGGGCGGUCACUGCGCUUCGGACCACAAGCCUGGGCUCCACGCACCCAGACACGCUGGAGUCCUCACGGUCCCUGGCUGAAUUUCUGGCCUCUGUCGGUCGAACAAAGGAGGCUGCAGAGCUACUGGCGAAGAAGCUGGAGGAGAUGGAAUCCACCCCCUGCAAGGACAUGCAGGACGCAGAAGCCCGGCCUGGGUGGAUUGCCUGCUGCUCGGACUUAGCAAAGCUCCGCCGUGAGGGUGGUGACAUCGCCGGUGCAGAGGAGCUCUACCAUCGGAUUUUGGCGACGCAGCAGGGCGAGAGGCGCCUGGAGAUGGCCGAUGCGGAGUGCAACCUUGGCGUUUGCCUCAGCAAGCGUGGGCUACAUGCCGAAGCAGAGAAGUACCACCGUAGAGCUGCGGAGACCUACACGCUGUGGUAUUCCGCCUGCGAUCCGUGCACUCUGGGAACACUCAGCAACCUUGCCUGUUGCUUGGAUGCUCAGGGCCGGACACAGGAAGCAGAUCCGCUGCACCGGCGGGUGGUCGCCGGUCUUCGGGCAGCACUGGGUGCCACCCAUCCACAGACACUGCGAGCAGAGGAGCUAGCAAGCACAGCUGCGAGCACAGCGAGUGCCACAGCCCCAGCGGCAGUCGUUGCUGGAGGGCAGGUCGAGGGCACCUGGGCCAGCAAAAUCCGGCCCGGGCCAAUCCUGAAGGCCUGCACCACAAAUGCCGCCAAAACCCCUGUGCGCUGCAGCAUCUGCCCACGUGUGGGCAGUCCGUCCUACAAGUCCUGCUCACCAUUGCGGUUGCGGCCGACCUGGAGGCCGGCGCAGGUUCUCAUCACUCGGGCGCAGCUUCCUGCCCGAGCGCGUGUUUAA